UAUUGUUUUCAUCUUUCAUCGUACUCCCCGAAACCUAUAAAAACAAAAAAAAAAAAAAACAAAUAAAUCUCACUAACUUCGCUAACUUUGUCUCUUCGGAUUCAUUAACGAGUAUCCGAGGGGCGAGGAUAAACUAAUUCGUGGAACUUUAAACAUGAAGCGAAAGCGGGGGCACAAAAAAGGAAAAUUUAAAGGGGCAUCUGCCACAGCUAAAAAGGAGGCAAUAUCAAAUGCUGUUAGUCUCAAUAACACAGAACAUAAUUCUGAUAAGGUGGAUGAGUAUGGAAAUGAUGAAUAUGAGUCACCAAUGGAGAUUAAUACACCUUCUUCGACUGGGACUGAUCAGCCCCUGAAUGUUGCAAAUAUAAACCCUGAUGGGUCAGUUGAUAAGACUUUAGGGAAGCCGGUUGGACGUGUGAAAGUGAAGUUGAAGACUCCAAAAAUGUUGGAUUCUUCUCAUAGUGAUACUGAUAAGAGUAGCUCGCAAAUGGGUUUGGAGAGACAAUGUGGCAUUGUUGACAGAAUGGAGGAUAGUGCCAUGUCAUUGGCUGAACUGAAAAUGGGUCUUCUGGGGAAUACAAUGAAGAAAGCUGGGAGCAUUAAGAUUAAGUCAUCAAAGGCUUUGGGUGGUACAAGUGUUGGCAACACUGGCAACAGUGUUGCGACACAAGUUGAGAAUUCUUAUCAAAAACAACAUAAGAGACCUCGUAUGGAUCCUCAAUAUGACAGAGAAGAACUAGAUGCUGCGUUGAUGGUAAUUAAGAAGGUAAUGAAAAUGGAUGCAGCUGAGCCCUUUAAUGCCCCUGUGAAUCCUGAAGCUUUGGGAAUACCUGAUUAUUUUGAUGUUAUAGAUACACCAAUGGAUUUUGGAACAAUAUGCACGAGUCUUGAAAGUGGUGAUAAGUAUAUGAAUUCAGAAGAUGUCUACAAGGAUGUACAGUACAUCUGGGAGAACUGUAACAAGUAUAACAACAAAGGUGACUAUAUAUUGGACCUUAUGAAGCGGGUGAAGAAAAAUUUUAUGAAGUACUGGACAGCAGCUGGGUUAUACAGUGAGCAACCAAAGGGAAAUAAUGGUGUUGAAAUUAUUCAAGUUGAAGAUGUUGCCCAGUCCAGUCAAGCUAAAGUACAAGUUAAAGGUAGCCAACCAAAGCAGAAGUCAGGAAAACGUCAUGGAAGGCGUCAUAAACAUGAUUGUUUAUGUGCUAUAUGUGUUCUAAAGCGCCGCAAAAGGGAGCGUGAGGAGAGUGCUCGAAUUGCUAACCGUCAAAUUGGAGUUGUUGAUGUUCAAGAGGUAAUGUCUUCUCCUGUAGAAAGUCCUGGUGGUGAGGAUUCAUCAUCAGAUUCAGGUGAAUCACAGGACCCUGAUGCAGAUACUGAGGUUGAAGGGAAAAGAGAGGAGAUGAAAAUGGAGAGUACAAAACCUCAGUAUAGCCAUAUAGAUGGGAAGCAUGAGGCAGAUGAGGAGGAAGAGGAAGAGGACGAGGAGGAUGAAGAAGAAGAGGAUGGAGAAGAAGAAGACGAAGACGAAGAAGCGAAUGAGACGGAGAUUCAGAAGAAAGGUGAGGGUGAAGUCUCAAGAGAGUCUAUCAGACAAUCUGAACCAGGAAGAGCAGAGAAGCUUGGAACAGGAGUCCAAACUCAUUCCCGGGGGCAUGAGGAGGAACCUGUGGCAGUUAAGCAGAAAACAGAUAAGAAGUCACAAGAACGAGAAGGAAAAGCUAAGCUGUACAGUAACUUCCAAUUCGAAAGUCCCAUGCUUUUGAAUUUAUGUGGAAUUCUCUUCCCCAACAGUCAAAAAUCAGUUUGGAAUGGACCUCACUCCCUGGUUCAGCGUCAGGAUUCUACUCAUAAUAAUUCCAUUCAUGCAGCUAUCGAGUCUUUAAUGAAGUAAGUCCUUUAAUUGUUUGUAAGCACUUUUUAUAAGAUUAGGCAAAUGUGACUGUUCUCGCAAUUUUGUCGGGUUUAUUAUUGUCAAACAUGUACCACAGUACAACUUCUUAUUCAAAGUUCUAUUAUAUGGUUUCAAUGCCAGUAUAUGAGUGCAGUGUUCUGGUAGCAAGUAAUAUUUGUA